AUGAUGAAGCCUGCUCUUAUCACUCUUGCCGCAGCUGGCGUGGCAUCAGCUCUCGUGGCUACUGCCUCCGAGCCUGCUCUUUCUGAUAUCGCUGCUGCACAGGCCACUACUCUGCCCGAGACUACUACUUCCGAUGUUAAAGGUCUUGCUUUUGAUCGGUUUUACCAGGUCUGGCUCGAGAACACUGAUUACAAUGAUUCUGCUGCCGAUUCCAACCUGCAGUGGCUGGCUGAGCAAGGUAUCUUGCUGACCAACUUCUAUGCCGUCACCCACCCCUCAGAGCCCAACUACUGUGCUGCUGCUGGUGGUGAUACCUUUGGAAUGGACAACGACAAGUUCAACCAGAUUCCCGCCAAUGUCUCCACCGUUGCUGAUCUGUUGGAUACCAAGUCCAUCUCGUGGGCCGAGUACCAGGAGCAUGACCCUUACCCCGGCUUCCAGGGUUACAACUACUCGAACCAGGAGACUUACGAUAACGACUACGUGCGCAAGCACAACCCCUUUGUUCUCUUCGACUCCGUUGUUUCCAACGACACUCGUGCUCGUCAGAUCAAGAACUUCACCGCUUUUGACAACGAUCUGAGCAACAAGCAGCUUCCGCAGUGGGCAUUCUUUACCCCCAACAUGACCAAUGAUGCACACGACACCAACAUCACCUUUGCUGCCAACUGGGAGCGCAACUGGAUCUCCAAACUGCUGACCAACGACUACUUCAUGAACAAUACUCUUGUUCUCCUUACCUUUGACGAGGACUCAACCUAUGCCAAGAAGAACAAGGUCUUCAGCGUCCUGGUCGGCGGUGUCAUUCCCGACAGCUUGAAGAACACCACUGAUGAUACCUUCUACACCCACUACUCCAGCAUCGCCUCCGUUUCUGCCAACUGGGGUCUUCCCUCCCUGGGCCGAUGGGACUGCGGAGCCAACAUCUUCCAAAUUGUUGCCAACCAGACCGGAUACGUCAACUAUGAUGUUGAUGUCACCAACCUGCACUUGAACGAGACCUACCCCGGUCCCUUAUCCGCUGGUGAAUACUCCGAGUACUCCUCCGUCUGGCCCAACCCCCUGACCACCGGCUCUUGCUCUGCUGGUCACGGUAUCUUGGAUGCAGUCAAGCAGAACUUCGCCAACACCACCCCCACUUACAACUACACCUCUCCUUUCCCCUACGAUUCCGUUUCGGGUUACAACACUGAGGUUACUGCUACUCGCAAGUCUAGCAACUCCAGCUCGAACACCACCACCAGCGCUACUGCUACCGCCACUGGCGGUGCUGCUGCCAAUAUUGCAUCUGUCUCCACCUUGUUGACUGGGGCUAUGCUGACCGUGCUUGCUUGCUAUCUGUGA